AUGACACGGUGACACAGGAUCGAUGACAGAAUUUUGACAUUAUUUGAUGUGUAUGUGACUAAUGUGAUAACUUGAAAUUAAAUAAACUUUAGUGAAUUUCAGUGUUUAUGAAGUAAUUAAUCAUGUCGAACGUAAAUACGGGGGAACUUCUAGACUUUCAGGACUAUUCUCCUGACCACAACAACCGUAGCGCGCGUAUCGACGUGGAAGCGGUGCAUACAAAUCAAUACAAUAACACAAUGUCAAAUCCAAAUUAUAAUUUCGAAGAGCCAAAAGAGAUCCAGGAGCCUGAAGCUGCACCACAAUCAAACCACAACUUCUGGACCAUAGAGUAUUAUCAGAAAUAUUUUGAUGUCCACACUAAUGAGGUGGUGGAGAGAAUUAUAUCCUCUGUGCUUCCACAGAAGGUCUCCCGCAACUAUUUUGAUGAAAGAAUCAAGGGUAAACCUGAUCUAUAUGGACCUAUUUGGAUUUCUGUUACCCUGAUAUUUACAAUAGCAGUAAGUGGUAACAUAGCAAGUUAUCUACAGAAUGCUAACAAGAAGGGUUUUGUGUGGCGCUAUGACUUCCACUUAGUGUCAAUAGCGGCCACUGCCAUAUCAUGUUAUGUGUGGCUUGUUCCGCUGGCACUCUGGGCAGCUUUGAAGUGGACCUCUUCAAAUGAUGCACAUGACGAGAUAGAGAAUCAGGAUAGCAAAUCACCAACAAUGAUGUCACUGUUUUGCCUGUAUGGAUACUCUCUCUCAAUAUAUAUUCCUGUGGCAGUGUUAUGGACAAUCCAGGUGUUCUGGCUGCAGUGGCUCUUCGUGCUAAUGGCGGCUUUCGUAUCUGGAGCAGUACUCAUUUUCUGGCUCAUGCCUGCAUUAAGGAAGUCUAAAUACUUUCUAAUACUGAUUGGGUCUAUUUUAGCAUUCCACUUCCUUCUAGCAGCCGGUUUCAUGUUAUAUUUCUUCCAUCAACCAAGUUCGGCAGAUGUAAUUGUUACUACUACUACGCCUAUUCCUGCACCGAAGGUAUAAAUGUUGUAGCAUAGCAUAUGAUGGAGAAGAUUGCCAGCCAUAUACUAGCUCCAUCAAUAGUGUAGGUACAGUCUAUGUAUGUAUUAUUAUUUUAUGUACAGUAUGUAUUAUUUUUGUCUUUAUAUUCCAAACAAAAAGCUUUCUAUUCUAAUAUAUAAAAGAAUGUUUCUAUGUGUUGUGUUUGCACAAAUCAUGAUGCUGAGAACAUGAAUGACCAAGCAAUGAGUUGGACUGAAUCUAUAUCUGUACUGUUGUUGACGAGGAAACAAAUGCAAGGAGAGAACACAAGUUGUAGCAAAAUUAAUGAUUGUUGUAUUUAGUGAGCUAAGUCACUUCUCACAUUUAGUAUAGAAGAUAAAGUAAAAUAAUAAAAUUAUCAUAAGUAUUUCUUGAUUUCCACAUUCCUAAUGUAUAAAGUCUAUAUUUAUGUAAACAAAACAAAUAAAUGUUAAAUAAAUAA